AUGACAAUCUGGGGCAUUGAGCCAAACAUGGUGACUUACAACAGCUUGAUCCAUGGCUUUUGCAUGACCAACGGGGUAGACUCCACACUUUUGUUGAUGGAAGAGAUGACAGCAACAGGGUGCCUUCCAGAUAUCAACACCUACAACACACUUAUUGACGGCCUUUGCAAGACAGGAAGGGUGCCAGAAGUGAACAGGCUGUUUGGAGAAAUGAAAGCCAAGUUUUGCAACCCAGAUGUUAUCACGUACAGCUGCUUGAUUGGUGGGUUUUGUAAGCUGGAUAGGAUCAACAUGGCUUGCACGUUGUUUGAUGACAUGCUCAAGCAGGCAGCCCUCCCCGACGUCGUCACAUUCCCGACACUAGUGGAAGGAUACUGUAAUGCUGGACUGGUGGAUGAUGCCGAAAGGCUUCUGGAAGAGAUCGUUGCCAGUGACUGCUCUCCGGACGUGUAUACGUACACAAGCCUGGUCGACGGCUUCUGCAAAGUCAAAAGAAUGGUGGAGGCGCACAGAGUUCUCAAGCGAAUGGCCAAAGGGGAAUGCCAGCCCAACGUGGUGAUUUACACCGCUCUCAUUGACGCGUUCUGCAGCGCUGGGAAGCCGACGGUGGCUUACAAGCUGCUGGAGGAGAUGGUUGGCAACGGCGUCCAGCCGAACGCUAUCACGUACAGGAGCUUGAUCGGUGGCUUCUGUGGGACUGGGGACCUGGAAGAGGCUCACAAGAUGCUCGAGAGACUGGAGCGCAACGAGAACUGCAAGGCGGAUAUGUUCGCGUACCGGGUGAUGAUGGACGGGCUGUGUAGAACCGGGAGAAUGAGCGCAGCUCUGGAGCUUCUCGAGGCCAUCAAGCAGAGUGGCACGCCUCCUCGCCACGAUAUCUACGUGGCAUUGAUCAGGGGGGAGAUGACGCUCUCGAGGAAAGGCAGGCCAAAUGCCAAGGUUUAUGAGGCGGUGAUCCAGGAGCUAGCGAGAGAAGGGAGACACGAAAAGGCAAAUGCACUCUCAGACGAAUUACUUGGUAACAAAGCCAGUAAAACAAGAUUUGUAAUCACAAAUCCACAUUGUGUGAACACUAUCUGGGAUGUUUCCUAA